AUGCUUAAGGUUCCUCAACAUCAAGUCGCAGGACACGAAGCGGGCAUCGGGAAGCUUGGUCCCCUCGUGGAUGAAUCAGGACGCUUCUACAAGCCUCUGCAAGGUGAUGAACGAGGUGCCAAUGAGGUUGCAUUCUAUAGUUCAUUGUCCACUAACAGUGGGAUCCCAGAACACAUUCAAAGAUUUUUCCCCACCUUCUAUGGAACUCAGCUCGUAGAAGCAUCUGAUGGAUCUGGCUUGCUGCCUCACUUGGUCUUGGAAGACCUUGCUCUAGGUCAUGUCAAUCCAUCGAUAAUGGACAUCAAGAUUGGUUCAAGAACCUGGGCACCCGAAGCAUCCGAGAAAUAUAUUCAGAAGUGCUUAAAAAAAGAUCGAGAAUCGUCAAGCCUUUCAUUAGGAUUCAGGAUAUCGGGGUUGCAAAUCUAUAGAAGCAAAGAACUAGGAUUCUGGAAGCCUGGAAAGAAAGCUGCUCAGAAACUCUCUACAGAGGAAGUCAAGUUAGUCCUGAGAAGGUUUGUUUCUUCAAACACAUUGAAUGAUUUGGAUUUGAGACCUGACUGCGCUUUCGCAUCAACUGUUUAUGGCGGAUCUACUGGCAUUUUAUCUCAGUUACUGGAGCUGAAAGCUUGGUUUGAGGAUCAAACUAUAUUCCAUUUGUAUUCUUGCUCAAUUCUGGUGAUUUUUGAAAAAGAGCUGGCAUUGAAAGGAAAGAAUCCAGGUGCACAUAUCAAGCUGAUUGACUUUGCUCAUGUUUACGAAGGACGAGGUGUCAUUGAUCAUAACUUCUUGGGUGGUCUCUGCUCGUUGAUAAAAUUUAUUUCUGACAUUCUUACUGCUCCUAGUGACUGCAGAAUAGACAUUUCUGCAAAAGCUGAUCAGAAGAACCUUACCGCUGAUAAUGGUGUUGUAGCUGAUCAUAAGAGCCAUACCGCCUCUGA